AUGGAGAGAAGGUUGCGAUACGGGAGACUAGAGGCAUAUGGUGGAACCUCGAGGAAAUCAGGGUGCGCCGAUUAUCCCGAUAUAUCAGACAUGCGGGAGACGUCAUUCGAGGGAGUGCUAGGUAGGGAGCGAUGUAUGCCAGACCGAGUCCCAGUUCCCAGGCCCUAUCGGGGAAGAUAUCAGGCAACUUGGGGAGGAUAUCAGGCAUCUCGUAGUGGCCAGCAGAGGAAUGUGGCCCCAGCGAGAGUAUACACUCUGACGCCAGGUGAUGCUAAGGUUGAUGCAGAUGUGGUGACAGAAUUCUUACAUCGGAGCUCCGAGGGCGACCAGCUUUUCAUCCCAAGUCCCAUCCAUACCUUCGGACCUCCCAGCCUGUUUCACCGGAGAGUGGGAAAUCCCACUCCCUUCGCUCCUGCUGCUUCGUGCUUCUGUCGACGCUCCGAAGGUCAACGAGUCGUCGAACCAUCGAAGGCCGACUUCCAGCCCAGCCGCAAUGACAGAAGCUUAAACAUACACAAAAUGCCGCAUAGAACUCGUCCUAUGACAGCACUCUUGCUGUUUACUGGACUCAAUGUUAUUUUGGCAUCAACCAUUACUCCACUCUAUGACUUCGUUUCUUUCCUUCCAUAUUGGGAAAGGCGGAGAGAACAACGCCGUCAGGAUCAUGAAGUUAUCUUGGCGAAGCAAUCAAAUUCAAGUUGAAGGGUUCUUUGUGGUCAGUGACAGGAUCGGAAGUUGUUGAAAUGAUUCCUGUCCAAUUUGGUGAUUAAUUUGGGAGUACCAUGGAAUUUGUUGUAAAACAAGUUGGGACUGAGCAUAAUAUAUUUGUUGGGUUUACGUCCCAUCAAGCUUUUGCUUCACACCUCUUGUUUCCCAAGCAUUUUCUAAUAAAAUGUUAAUCAGGGAAAUGAUCAUCCCCCAUGGAACUGGGUUCUUAGUUAAUCACAGUUUUAACCCAUUAAUAAACUUGAGAUUUUGGCAGAACUUUUUUGUAAGGGAGGGAAAGGAAAACUAGUUUUCCUCAUUUUCUAUGGCUUAUAUAUGAUUUUUCUUAGUUUUUAUGUUUGGGAAAUUCAACAUGAUUUUAUAAUUUGUAUUAUGCUUGGCUUCAAUUCAUGUAAAUAUAAAUUUAAGGUCUGAAAUUAAGUUCCAAACA